CUGCAGAAGGUCGAUUAACGGAUGAGCAACGUUCAGAUUUCCUUAAUCUGCAUAAUGAAUAUCGUUCACUUCUUAUUAGGGGAAAGUAUAAAAAUAAAGAUGGCAAAUACAUGCCACAUGGAAUGAAUAUGUUCGAAUUGACGUGGAAUGAUGACCUAGAAAAAGAUGCACAAAAAAGAGCAAAUCGCUGUUGGUUUAAACCCUUAUCUAAAAAUGGUAGAAAAAAAAUCGGUGAAAAUGUUUUUGUUCGUUGGACACCAACAGGCGUUAAAGAUUUUACAGAAAGUAUUGUCGAGGUUGCCUGUAAAAUGUGGUGGUCAGAACUUAAGGAAGAAUACAGAGAUAAUCGAAGAAAUACUUUCAUAGCUGACAAUAUGGCUUGGGGCAAAACACGUGAAAUUGGCUGCGGUAUUGCCUCACAUUGCCAUGAUAAUCACGCAUUCCACGUCAUUUGCCACUAUAAGCCUCGUGGAAAUAUACCAAAUGAAUUGAUAUAUGAACUUGGCGAGCCAUGCCAAGGCGAUUGUGAUGGUGGAGAAUGCUUGGGAGACACUGGAUUGUGUCGAAAACAGGACUACCUAAAUUUAUUCUUUCAUUUAUUAAAAAAAACUUUUGAAAUGAAAUCUCUCAUAUGA